AUGCCUAACUACUACGAGGUGCUGGGGGUGCAGGCUAGCGCCUCCCAGGAGGACAUCAAGAAGGCCUACCGCAAGCUGGCCUUGUGCUGGCACCCCGACAAGAACCCUGACAACGAGGAGGCCGAGAAGAAGUUCAAGCAGGUGUCCGAGGCCUACGAGGUCCUGUCCGACUCCAAGAAGCGCUUGGUGUGCGACCGCGCGGGCUGCGGCAGCUGGCGGGUCGGCACCCGCCACAGCAGCCCCUUCGACAGCGGCUACAGCCUUCGCAACCCCCAGGACAUCUUCCGCGAGUUCUUCGGAGGCCUGGACCCCUUCUCCUUCGGCUUCUGCGACAGCCGGCUCGGCAGCGAGCACGCGGGCCGGGGCCACGGGCUGCGCGGCGCCCUCUCGGCCGGCUUCGGCGAGUUCCCGGCCUUCGUGGAGGCUUUCUCAGCCUUGAACACCCUGGGCCGCAGCGGGGGCGGCGCCAGCCGUGCCACCUUCUCGUCUGCAUCCUUCGCCGGCUCUGGCUCGGGCAGCUCGGGCUUCAAGUCGGUGAUGUCGUCCACCAAGAUGGUCAACGGACACAAGGUCACCACCAAGCGCAUCGUGGAGAACGGGCAGGAGCGCGUGGAGGUGGAGGAGGACGGGCGGCUCAAGUCCGUGAGCGUCAAUGGCAAGGAGCAGCUCAAACGGCCGGACAGCAAGUAG